CUCUUUUGAAAACUCUUCAAUCUACUACUCAACUGCGAGUGCCAAACAUUGUCUCUGGCUUAUACGACCAGAAAAUAGGUUUUCAUCAACCAUGGCAUCUCCUACGAAUCCGAGGAAUUUCAGCCCACACGGCAGCCGAUCGCAGAUGAUGCAAGUACCACCGCCCAAUUGUCGCAUGACUUCAAGCCCAUGGACAGCAAUGUACCUUGUCUCACCUCCCCUUCCCCGCGGAGUCACUGCUGUCCAGUUUAACAUCACGAGUCAUGACCAGGGUUGGUGCAGUAACCCAAGUGAUGGCAUCUGGUCUUGGUUUGAUGUAUCCAUCUUGGGCUCCUUGCGAGAGGAUGAAAUUCCCGCCUUCUCAGACUUGUCGGAUCCUUCAUACCUCAAGCCCAAACCCGACGAUUUCGGCCAAGUUUUGCAGGACCGGGGUUUGUAUUUCAAGGACAUCCACAGAGAAAAUCAAGCCACGCCGGGCAUUACGAAGCCAGUGACGAAGAAUAAGAUAAACAGGUCCUGGAAACAGCAAGUUAUUACUUGGAGACUGGAAGAUGGUGGUGAGGAAGCUAGCUUCCUGUCCAUUCUUGAAGAAGGCGAUCGUUUAGUCAUAUGGGCGCGCGCACAAUUCGCUGGAUGGAUUAAUUUUGUCAAAGAAGUCGAAAUAAUGGUAUCAAUUGACGAGACAACUCCGGCAGUGCAGGACCUUGCACAGCCUGCUCUUCCCCUUCCUGCAAGUGCUAAUGAUUCUGGUACCUUCCAUAAGGAAACAACUAUUCCUUGUCAUGCCCAUGGGGCCAAGGGCGGGCCUUCUCAUAAUGAAGUUGACAAUGAUAUCUUCGGAGUGUCACAGUCCUUUCAUUCAAACCUUGAUGACAAACGGUAUCUCGAUCGACUGAACCAACAGCUGACGCAAUAUGAAGCGGUCCUUGAUGAUCUUCCCGUUGACCAUGCCACUAGGCCAAAUGUCCUUGAUUUGAUUGGACUUCUGCUAGAGUUCCGUCACAGCCUGACCGGGAGCAUAGCUGACAUUGGGAGAUCAAUCGCUUACCUGCAGCUCGCCGUGCUACUCAGGCCAGACGAGCCAACGUUUCGUCAAAACUACGUGAGGGCUCUCGGCGACAGGGGUAAACGCGCCUCACAUGGGUCCGAUCUCAAUGUUGCCAGCGAUGAAUUAAAGAGUGCUCUGGCAUCUCCUCAUUGGAGUGAAUUACAACGGAUGGAUUUGGCACAUAUACUAAUACCGGCCUACCUCAUGCGUCACGAAAACACACAGGACAAAAGGGAUCUGGAAAGGGCAUGUGAUAUUAUACAUGAGCUAAAUGGCAUCUCUCGGAUUGACCCCUACACAGAAGCCAAAUAUCUGGAUUCACAGCAGCUCUUAACGAGCAUGCGGCACGGUGAUUUAGGUAGGAGCUUAAAGAGUAUGGGACAUGACAUAAAACAGGAAGAGUUGCUCCAGCGAGAACACCUUGACAUGGUCAUCUCAACGACAGAGAAGGCGCUACUUAAUAUUCCUCAGAAUGACCCAAGACAUGCCGACCUUUCGGAGUUGCUGACUCUACGAUAUUAUAGGCUCUACUGUCACACAAGCGAGCUGAACCACCUUGACUCUGCGAUCUCGCACGCUGAGAAUGCUUUAUCGCUUUCUCAUUCAAAAACUCCUUCAGCUACAUUGAGCCCAAGGAUGCAUUUGACUAUCUGCCGCAUGGACAGAUGGUACAGAAAGCAUGAUAUUGCAGAUCUUCAUGAGGCAGCGUCACAUAAUUGGGCGGCUAUAUGUGCUGCUCCUCCAUUUGAUGUACUACGAACAACUCUGCUUGUUAACGCUUGCAAAAUUUUGGACGCUCAAUACUCUGUGACUAAGAACAUAGACUUCCUGGAGAUCGGAAUAGCGAGGCUAGAAAGUCUAAGGAAUGAUUUUUCGGAACGCCUCCAUGGGGGCUUCAAAUUCUACUAUUUCUAUGGACUUGGGAAGCUGUACGAAACGAAGUUUGGUGUGACAAGAACACUCCAAGAUAUGGAGCAAACUAUUAACCUGGUUGAAAGAGCUGUUGCUUCAAUCCCAAAAGGGACUCCGCCAAAAGCAGAAAUGACUCUCAAACUUGGAAGCCUUUACCUGUCGAAACAUGUUCUGACGAAGAACAUUGAAGACGUCCGUACAGGAUAUACACAACUGGCGGAAUCCUGCGUCGCGUCCGAUGCGUCACCUUUGACGCGAGAUGCAUGCUAUUUUGCUGAGUGGUUUCUUCCCUCACUCGCCCAUGCCAGUGGCCGCGAAGUAGAGAGGGAUGAUCAGAUUUACAUCAACCGACAAGUCAGGGGCUUGGGGAGUCUGAUAUUUACUGCAAUUUGUCGUCUGGGCUUCCCAGUCCAAGCGGUCUUGAAACUGGAGUUCGCACGAGGCCGCAUUAUGGGCCACUUGAUUGACGCGCAGAGUGAUAUUUCUAGCUUGAAAACUGUCGAGCCCAAGCUGGCUGAAGAAUAUGAAUCUCUUCGUCGCAGAGCAUUCAACAACUCUUUGGAUUCAGCAUAUCAAGACAUGCAGCAAUCCCAAAGCCGGCACGAUUAUUUCAGAGAUUUGGAAGAAUGCGAAAAGAGGAUUCGCCAAGUUACAGGUUUCCAAGAUUUUCUCCAGCCUUUGGAUUGGACGGACCUGCCAGGGAUUGUACAAGCAGGACCUAUUGUUAUCGUCAAUUCGACGUGUGUCAGCACCGAUGCCAUUCUCAUUACGCAUCUUGGAGCUAGAACUUUGAAUUUACCAGAUAUGGCUACCAAGGCUCCGCCAGAAUAUCGACAGCUCUAUUCAAGAUAUGGACAUACUCAAGCCGGUGAUGGAUGUCAUUUGGAUGUGAGAGACAUAGAGUGUGAAUUGUCACCAGAAGACCUUACCCACGAAUUACUAUCGUGGCUGUGGUACACCUGCGUCAAGUUGUGCUUAGACGCAUUAGCGUCAGAUGGUGUCCUAGCCUCCGGGGAUAAACUGUCCCGAGUUUGGUGGAUCGGAGCCGGCAUAGCCAGUGCCCUGCCCUUUCACGCGGCCGGGGACUACAGUAAUGGGUUACCGAAUAAUGGAGACAGCUGUCUUGAUCGAGUUAUCUCGUCCUAUACCCCGACAAUCAAAGCACUAUGCAAUGCCCGCCAGCGAGCAUCCGAGGCAUUACCACGGACACACGACACAUCUUCUUUACUAGCUGUGACCAUGCCUGAAACUCCGGGACAUGACGCACUUUACGGCGUUCGCCAGGAAAUAAAAGGUAUCAUCCAAUCAGCCGGACAUGCAUUACAAAUCAAGGAGAUGCAAGGCCCCUCGACUGCGGACGUUCUGUCUCACCUCGAGAACAACACCACUGAGAUGAUCCACUUUGCUUGCCAUGGGUACUCCGACCCAGUCAAUCCACUAGACAGCCACCUCGUUUUACAGAAACAUGGACAGCAGGAAGGAGACCCCUCCAGCACGGUACUAGUACCCGAUCAGCUCAAAUUGUCUGCACUCCUAGACACAAAGACUAUCUCCCGAGCAUGUAUAGCCUACCUAUCCGCCUGUUCGACGGCAGAGGGAAAGGAUCAAUCGUUGAGAGACGAAGCCCUCAGCAUAGCCAAUGGGUUUUUGGUUGCUGGAUUCUCUCAUGUCAUUGGUUCUCUUUGGGCUGCUGAUGAUGAGGUAUGUGUUGAUAUGGCUGCUUCGUUCUAUAAGGCGUUGGUUUCUAGGCGCGUGGCUGCAGACUCGGGAGAUUUUAAUCGGGCUGUGGCUGAGGCGGUUCGUGAUGCUACGUUGGAGACUCGGAGGAAGUAUGCACAUAAUCCGGCGGCUUGGGCUUUGUAUGUGCACAUGGGAGCUUGAGUUGAUAUCAGCGUAGUUAUCCGUACUAGGAAUAGGAGCUGGUUUUGGAC